AUGAAGAACCUGUACGUCAAGACGGCCGUUCGCUCCUUCUCCAAGCUCGUGCAGAAGCGCUGUGAGAAGCUGGGGCGCGCUGCCCCCGCUUGGAGCCACAAGGCCUGGUCUCUGGCUGCUGGUGCGCCUCCAGGAUGCAGCUGCCCGCUGGAUGAGCCGGUGGGUGCACCCCAGGAGAGCUUGAGGGGCUGGAGAAAUAAAUGCGAGUUCACCAUUGGACGCAACGAGCAGGGUGCUGUAGAGGUGGGCUUCAUCUUGAGAAUUCUGAGUGACGGCACACAGGUCGUCGGCAGCGUUCAGGAUGUGCCGCUGGUGCCGGAGUGUAUGCAGCGCUUGUGUGCGAAGGUUGCAGCCUUCGUUGAGAAAUCCAGCUAUCCCGUCUACGACCGAAAGGCUCGAUGUGGGGUGUGGCGCACUGUUCUUGCGCGUGUCAAUCCCAAGGGAGACAUGCUUGUGAUGGUGCAAACGACGACCAUCAAGGAGGAGGACCGCUCAGCCUUUGUGGACCCCUUCGUCACCGAACUGGCGGCCAGUGGUCUUGGCAUCUGUGCCAUUUAUCACCUGUACAAUGACGAGGUGACGGAUGCGCCGAGGCCCAAUGCUCUGGUCACCUCGCUGCAUGGGAAGCCGAGGCUGGAGAUGCCGAUGCUGGAGCUGAAGUUGGAGAUCGGACCACUGUCCUUCUUCAAUCCCAAUACCACCACCUGCCGCUUCCUCAUGGAGACGGCGAUCAGGUACUUGAAGCUGCGAAAGAGCGAUAUUUUGCUGGACAUUUUCUGCGGCAUUGGCACAAUCGGCCUUUGCGCUGCCGGCUACUGCGCCAAGGUGAUUGGCGUUGACAUCGUGGAAGAGAACAUCGAGGAUGCUCGUCGAAACGCGCAGCAGAACUCUAUCCUCAACACGGAGUUUAUAGUCGGGAAGGCGGAAGAAGUCGUGCCGAAGAUCCUGGGGGACAUGGACACCUCGCUUGAGGUGAUUGCCGUGGUGGAUCCAUCCAGGGCAGGCUUGCAUCCGCGCCUGGUGGACAUCUUGCGUGGGCGAACUCAGGUUCUUCGAAUUGUGUACAUCAGCUGCAAUGUGGAGAGCAUGGCAGAGGAUGUGGCGAAGCUCGGCUCCUCGACGGAGGAGGAGGCUGACGAUUUCGUUCCGGUGCGGACCGUUGCGGUGGAUUCCUUCCCACAGACCGUGCACGUCGAGGCCAUCCAGCUCCUGGAGCGGGCUUCCAUUGUGGAGGAUCCAAGAAAGAGGUUAGUGCAGAAAAGGGAGGAAGCAUCGGAGUCUACAGUAGGAAUGCAGAAAGCCAAAAAGCCCAGACGACGACGCCCACUGUCAGACAGCCCGGACGUCCUUGAGAAGCCUCGCCUGGUUAGCACAACUCCAGAGUUCGUUGAGCCCUGGCAGACCUACUGGAAGGGCCGCUUGUUAGAUGAGAUGACAAUGCGGGCCUGUUACCCUGGUCUCAGCUGUACAGUGGCUCGGGAGGGGGCGUCUCGGGCACCGGGUGCGGCGGUGCAAAAUCCACCGCCGCUGGGUCGGCCGCCUCUUAGCAUGGCCACGGUUGCGGGGAUGCCGCCAGAGCGGCAGAGUCAGCACGAGAAAAUUCUCCGUGCCUUCCGCACGGCACUGCCAGAGUCCGGAUACUGGACUGAAAAGCAGGUGCGGGUUCUCCUCAAUGCCCUCGGCGUCGAGCUGAGCGAAGAGCGGCUUCGUUCGAUGAUCGAUGCUGUGAGCAGCGGCUCUGGCAAGGUCACUUACGAGCAGCUCAUCUCGUGGCUGUUCACUUGUGACAUGCCUGGCCGAGACGGCAGAAAGGUCGAGGCAAAGGCCGCGGAGGCCACGGCUGCGGCUCCAUCCCUGGCAGCUGCGCCGCGGGCGACAGAGGCAAGAGCCGGCUGA